AUGCCUUACCACGACGUUUUGAAAUUUGGGGCUUUAGAUAAUCAAGAUGAAGAGAAGAAAGAAGAAAAUAAAGAUGAACAGAAGAUGGGAGAAAAAAAAGAUGAAGGGAAGAAGGAAGAAAAAAAAGAGAAAAAAGAUGAAGGCAAAAAGGAAGACACAAAUGAUGAAGAGAAGAAAGAAGAAAAACAAGAUGAAGAAAAGCAUGACGAGGAGGGUAAUGAAGUAGUUGAUUAUUCAAAUGUGGAGGUGCCAUCUUCCUUACAAUCCCUUUGUGGUUAUGUGGAAACUACACUAAAGCCACAGGGGAAGAUCAUGACCUUCAACAUUGAGAAGGAGGUGUUUGGUGCAGAUCGAGGUACCUUCGUCUUGCAUGAAGAUAUUACACAGUUUGCAGGCAUGGAAGAAAUUGGGGCUACUGUGGUUGCAGUAUAUAUGAGGUGCUUAUAUGAUCUUUUGAGAGAAGCAAAUAUGUGCAGCAUGGUUGGCUUUAUCGACCCUGCUCAAGUUAGUGCCAACGCUGGGUCACUAACUGACAGAUCACGAAUUGUAGCCAGUCGACUUCAGAAAACAGAUGGUGAACAGAUUUUCAUGAUGCCUUACAAUCCAGGCCGUCAUUGGGUCUUGCUGAUUGUGAGGGCAAAGAGGGAAACCGUCUAUUUUCUGGAUCCUCUGCCUGGAAAUCGUGUGGUUGAUGAGGAGGGCAAAAACAUCGUGAACAGUGCUUUAAAAAUUUAUAAUUCCCACAUAGGCAGACCAGGCCGUAAAGCACCAAUUUGGAAAACUCUGCCAGGCACACCAAAGCAACCCAGCAGUGUCGAAUGCGGGUAUUAUGUGAUGCGCUUCAUGAGGGACAUCAUCAUGGAUCCUUCCUUGGAGUUUGAGAAGAAGUUUGCCAAGGGAAAAGAUCAAGCGCCAUACCCCUAA